AUGGUCAAGCUCACAUCGUCUGAUGGACAAGAGUUCGCAGUACCAAAGGAAGUAGCAUGUCAAUCCGUGCUCAUUAAGAACAUGUUGGAAGAUAUAGGAGAAAGUGAUGAUGCACCAAUCAUCGACUAUGCCACGCAACACAAGGACGACCCACCUCUCCCCCCAGAAGAAGAAAUGAAGCCCAAAUCAUCUGAUGAUAUCGAAGACUGGGAUCGUGAAUUCAUGAAUGUUGAUCAAGGCACCUUGUUUGAAUUGAUCUUGGCUGCGAAUUAUUUGGAUAUGAAGAAUUUGCUUGAUUUGGGUUGCAAAACGGUCGCAAACAUGAUCAAGGGCAAAUCUGUCGAAGAAAUCCGCAAGACGUUCAACAUUGUUAAUGACUUUACACCUGAAGAAGAAGAACAAAUCCGAAAGGAAAACGAAUGGUGUGAAGACCGAUAA